AUAUAAAAUAGUAUAUAUAUAUUCUAUGCCAUUUAUUCAAUUUGCAGUAUAUAUUCUAUAAUUUGAGUAAGUAAAUUGUUUAAUGAUGUUGGUACAUAGAAUAUCUACUUUAUUUUUGUUUAUGCAUAUACAAUCAAUUAUUUGUGGAUAUUUCGAAUUAGUUGACGAGUUCAAAAUAUGCUUAGAAAGUCAUGAUACGGUACAUAAUGUUUAUGAAGAUCCGAAAUUUACAGACAUAUUUGAAGAAAAAUUAAUAGUGUGGCAAAGGAAUUUUGCUGAUCGUCAAAAAUUUGAAGAUAUUAUAACUGCUCAAAAUCAUUUUAGAUCUAUAAUGACAACUACAAUAUGUCCACCGGAAAACAAUAUACCCAAUUGCGUUACAAACGUUGAGAGUUGCUGUAAUACUUUCGUUGAAGAAAUAUUUAAAUUAAUAACGAUAUUACGGGAAAAUGUUGUCGUAAAUGCUAAACCAAAGGAAAACUUUAGACAAUGCUUGAGUAAUCUAAACACUAUAGAUCGAAACUUUAUUAAUGUGUUAAAUAUUAAAGUAUUUGAAUCUUCGAAAAAUAUUUUUAAAAAAAAUUUUGCAAGUAUCUCAAAUAACUGGACUUUUUAUAUUACUACUCACUGCAAAUACUCAGAAGAUGCUAAACAAGUAUUUGGUAGUGCAAUGAAAAAAUUAAUUUGUAACCUACCUCAAGGACCAAUUAAAUAUGAUUGUGAUAUCUUUAUUCAACAAUGUAGUGACACUUUUGUAACGGAAGCGAGAAAAGCUAAAUCAUUAAAUAUUGCUCCAAAUGAUCCAGUAGAAAAAAUAAAAGAUUGCUUGAUUAAUGCUUCAAGUGGCUAUGGAAUUUACAAUAUUGAAGAAAAAAUAUUCAAUCCUGAAUUGGAGAACAAUUUAAUAGAAUGGAAUAUUAAAUGUGAAGAACAGGGUGUCUCUGAAGUUAAAAUUGUAAUAGAAGAAUAUAUGAAAGAGCAAUUAUGUUCAAAAUUUGAGCCUUUAUCCAAAAAUUAUUGCGAAUUUGAUAUUAAAAAAUGUUGUACCGAUUUUAUAGAGUGUAAUGACUUUAACAAUUUUUUAGAUUUAAUAAAAAAUAAUCAAGAUUGUUAAUUAUUAUUUAUUUUGACUUUACGGUAGUUCUGUUAUAAUCUAUUAAUUAAUAAUAUUUAAUUACAAUUAUUUUUAAUUUACAAAUAAUGUAAUGAUUUACAAAUAAUUAAAAAAAAACUCUUAAUAGCA